AUCAGAUGUGCGGCCGGUUUCGAGCGUAGCUCGUUUGUGAAUACGGAAGAAGGCGUUGCUGCAGCGGUCCUCUCUACGCAGUGCGGAUCUGUGGCCAUGUCGACUGGGAGGAGGACUCUCGUCUCCCGCUGACGCUGUUCCAAACCUGCUCGCCGGCGGAGGAUGGGAAGCGCUGUCCGGGUUGUCUGCGACACCGAGAGCCCGGCUGCGACCACAGACAACCGAGACCUGGUUCCGGGCGGGAUAUUUUAGGCGGGACUAGCUCCGAACAAGCUAGCAGCUGCUGUGGCCCGCGACCAAACCCCGGCGUCCGUCCGUCACAUGCGCAGGAGGAGAAAAUGGUUUACCUGCUGACCCCUGUGGAGAACCUGAGGAGCUACAUCAACAACCGCCCCCCACUGGUCAUUUUUAUGAUCAGCGUCAGUGCCGUGGCCAUCGCCUUCCUGACCAUUGGUUACUUCUUCAAGAUCAAAGAGAUCAAGUCUCCAGAGCUGACGGAGGACUGGAACACCUUCCUGUUGCGCUACAACGAGCUGGACUUCUGCGUGUCGGAGAACGAGACGAUAAAGCACGGCCUGAACGAGUCGACCACGCCGGAGAGCAUGGUGGUGACCAGCGGUCAGGCCAGGUCCAGCACCCAGGUCCCCUUGCUGCUGGAUGAUUCGGGACCAAUCAACAUCUCGGUGCCCAUCACCCUCACGCUGGAUCCUCAGCGGCCCUUUGGAGGAUACUCGCGGAACAUCACCCACUUGUACGCCACCGUGCUCGGGCAGCAGGUCGGCCUGUCAGGUCGGGAAGCCCAUGAGGAAAUCAACAUCACGUUCACUCUGCCGGUGUCCUGGAGCUCCGACGACUGCGUCCUGCACGGCCACUGCGAGCAGGUGGUCUUCAGCACGUGCAUGACCAUCACGGCGUCCAGCAACAUCUUCCCCGUCACAGUGCAGCCGCCUCACUGCGUGCCCGAGACCUACACCAACGCCACCUCCUGGUACAAGGUCUUCACCACCGUUCGAGACUCGGACACCAAGUACAGUCAGGACUACAACCCGCUGUGGUGCUACAAAGGUGCCGUCGGCAAGGUUUACCACGCACUCAACCCCAAACUGACUGUCAUCGUCCCAGAUGACGACCGCUCGCUCAUCAACCUGCACCUGAUGCACACGAGCUACUUCCUCUUCGUCAUGGUCAUCACCAUGUUCUGUUAUGCAGUCAUCAAGGGACGGCCCGGCAAGGUCCGGGUCUCCAACCCAGACUUCUUUCCAGAGAAGGUGGCGCUGUCGGACGGUUGAGUCGAACGUUAAUCCUCUCAGAACUUUCCUGAGUCCAAGGAAUCGAAUCUCGACCUCCCACUUGCUCGGUGGACAUCAAGGCGAAGGAGCUCCAUCGCUCUGUCGACACGUCUCUCUGUGCAACGUUGGGUUGGUCCAACCAAAGAUCUCAAGUGCCUGUCGCUGUUGUGUAAAUAUCUCUAGAACCUUCCGUCUUUCUGGGUUUCUUUGUUUGCCUCUUUGAGUCCCCCGGUGCCAUAGGACUACAUGCAGUACGCCCACCCGGCCCAGACCCUUGCAGCCUCCUCUCUCGGAUGUUUGAGGUGGAAGAGUCCGAGUGGUGGAAGCUGGUCAGAGGCAUCAACAGAACCUCACCUGUUGAAGGGUUUCGAUCGAUCAAUUCUGCACUUUAGGUCAACAACUGUCGGUUUCUCUGGUGGUCAUGUGACUUUGUACAUCGAAUACAAACCACUUCAAGUGACUUGUUUCUUUUUUUUUU